AUGGACAACACAACUCAACUUAUCCCUCUUGUGGUUGCACACCCAGAUUCCAGUGUUGCCAUGGCCAUCUAUUUUGACUAUCAUUAUGAUGAUGGAGAUGUUAUAUUCCAAACAACUUUGCGGAAAAGGAUGAAGAUCCUCCCUAUGUUCAUCUAUAGCAUUGCCUUUGUGCUGGGUGUCAUUGGAAAUGGGCUGGUCAUUUUCAUCACCGGCUUCCGUAUGAAGAAAACAGUCAAUGCCAUCUGGUUCCUCAACUUGGCCAUUGCUGACUUCACCUUCACCUUCUUCCUGCCCUUGAAUGUUGUCUAUCUAGCCCUGGACUUUCACUGGCCCUUUGGGGAGGCCAUGUGCAAGUUCAACAGCAGCUUGGCCUUUGUCAACCUUUAUUCCAGCAUCUACCUCCUCAUGGUGAUCAGCAUAGACCGCUGUAUUUCUGUAUUAUGCCCUGUGUGGGCUCAGAAUCACCGGAAUCCCCGAUGUGCUUCUUUUGUGGCUGUUGGGGUUUGGAUUCUGGCCCUCGUGUUGAGUUCGCCGACCAUCCAUUUUAGGAAGACCGUGCAGAGUAAGGAUAAGAUCCACUGCUAUAACCACUUUAGCCAUGAUAAGAAACAGGCAGAAGUCACCCACCGUGCCGUGAUUAUCAGCCGUUUCAUCUUUGCCUUUGUGAUCCCCUUUCAAGUCAUCCUUAUUUGCUACGGGGCGAUUGUUCUGCAGCUGAGGAGGGACCGCUUGGCCCGGUCGAGCAAGCCCUUCAGGGUCAUCACUGCAGUGAUUGUGGCCUUUUUCGUCUGCUGGCUCCCCUAUCAUGUUUUCUCUUUCCUGGAGAUUCAAGUCUACAAGGACCCCACCCUGCAUCAGGCACUCAUCAUUGGCAUUCCUCUGACGUCCAGCCUGGCCUUCAUCAACAGCUGCCUGAACCCCAUCCUGUAUGUCUGCAUGGGGAACGAUUUCAAGGAAUGGCUGAAACACUCCAUCCUCUCCAUAUUUGAGAAUGCCUUCACUGAGAAGGAAAGUCCUCAGCAAAGGUCAAGCACACAAUUACCUUAA